UUGUCAGACUCGCAAUACGAGGGAGAGGAGCGAGCCGCCAUUUUCCGAGCUCGUCGCUUUCCCCUCGAACGACAACAAUAAAAAACGGACAAAAGCGGGGUUUUCUAAGCCGACAUCGAGCACGAAGACCUUCCGGAGAAGGAGAGAAGGGACUGCGCUCAAAGAACGACCGGAAAAGGGAUACAUUUCACUGCUUUUGCGCGGCUUUUGUCGGGGACGAUUGAAAAACAGCCGACUAGGCUCCUAUAGCUCGACUGCCCCCGUUUCUUUCGCCCAUUUCGUGAUUCCUAAACGCAGCCCGGAGGAGUGGGAGGAGGAAAAGGAGGGGGUUACCGAGCACCGGAGCGCGCGAGAGGCCCGGGAUUUUUCCACCUGAACGUGCAACAGCGGAAUCUGCAUCUGGAUAAUUGCUUCUGCCUGUCAGUUAUUACUGCUAUAUUUCUUAAGCGUGGGGAUUUAUUACAUACAUUUCCCCCGGAAUCGGCUCCUCAUCACGUGGCUGCCCCCUGGCACAGUGGUAGGUGGGUGGUGUGGAGCUGGCCUCGGCACCGGGAGAGGCCCCCUCGCCCGCCCCCUCCCAGCACUGCAUGGCUGCAAUGGCGCCCGCUCUGACCGACGCUCCGGCCGAAGCUCACCGCAUACGCUUCAAACUGGCUCCAUCCUCCUCCACCCUCUCCCCGAGUGGCGUGGAGGGAAGCGGCACCGGCAACCACAUCCUCGUGUCCAGUAACGGCGCCGUCAAGCGCAAGGCCUCGGAGGAGCGCCCCUCUCGCGGGGCCGGCCCCUGCAAGCCCCUCGUUACCUCAUAUCACUGUUCAGAUGUGUCUUCGGCAAAAGAGUCCCUGAAGCUGCAAGGUGUUCUACUGCAGACGCACAGCAUCCUGCCGAGCCUCAUACCACGCAAGCACCAGGCUUUAGAACUCUGCGAGGAGCAGCCAAAGAGCAUCAUGAGUGCCAUUGGAGGAGGUGGACCGUGUGGGCCGCCCACCGUCCAAGGCGCCACUGUUAAUGGCAUAGCAAAGAAAGUGACUAAACCGACUGACCGAGACAAUGCGGUGACCUUAAAUUGUGGCCAACAUACCGUCGAGCAGGAUUUGGCAAAUCAGACUGAAGUUGUCAAUUCUACCAGAGGACUGACAAGUAAUGGUCCUCUUCGAGAAGGUGCGGAGCAGCACCAGCCGCCAACGGCUGAGUCCCAGAACUGUCCCAGUAAUGGAGAACCUCAUGCAACAUCUCCCACCUCCAUCGCACCUUUCACAGAAGACAAAACCUCGGACUGUCCGCCGCUAGACAGUGAAGAUACGUUGGCGCUCUCGCUCGCUGCCCACCAAGAUCCUUUAGAUGUUUUUGGGGUGGAGCUAAGCGACCGUACUCCGCACAGCCAGAGCAGACAAGGGGAGAUAGAGGCACGGCUAUGGCGAUUACGCAAACGGCUGCAGGUGGUGCAGGCCAAGCAGGUGGAGCGGCACGUGCAACAACAGUUGGGCGGACUACUAAAGAGCACUCUGGGUGCUCUGGAUGCCAGGUGGCCGAGGGGCCGUUACGGCGAUGACUCGCUCACCCCUCAGGAGAGGGACGGACUAAGACGUUUCCUGAAGAGUAGAGCCAUGCCGGCUGAGUUAGAGCAACUGUCCCUGAGCUGCACCACCAACCUGCGAUCCGCCGAAUGCGCGUUCGAUUCCGACGCCACGGAAAGCAGCUCAGGAGGAGAAACUGAUGUGGAGGAGGAUGAACUGGCUCGGGUCGACGUCGAGCAACGCCACAUUCCUCUAUGUAGGAGAGCAGAAGGCCGUUAUGCCAUUGACCGAGCUGCCAUCAUCAGUCACUGGAACUGGCUGCAGGCCCAAGUCUCGGAUCUGGAGUACCGUAUACGCCAACAGACCGACAUUUACAGACAAAUCCGCUCCAGCAAGGGCUCUGUUGUACUUGGGGAGAGCUCAGUGUGUGAGUCAGUACCAGAAGACAACAGUGACUCAAGGACAGAGACCAUUACCUGCCCUGUCCUACGGGAGCAUGAUACUGUUGCAGUGAAAACAUCUGUAUCAUCCAAUGCUAUCAUCACAGAAACAGGCUUGAGGAAAAGCUGUGGACCUGUGAGACAGGUCAAUGGUGUUAUCAACAGCUUACGGCCCAGUUCCCCUGUCACCUUGGACCCAGACGAGCAGAGCCGCUCUGAGUCCCAGCAGAAGCUGGAGAUGGGCCCUCAGGCUUCCCGUGCAUACGACAACACAUGCGUGGCGGCCCGCACUCGUCCACUGCUCUCAUGCAGGAAACGCAGAGUCCUCCGGCCCGGCUCACUCACCAGUCUCAAUCGUAAGGCUCAGAGGUCAGUGGCUCCUAGCUGUGGCUGUGAGCUGAACACUCAGUGUGUAAUGUGCAGUGGACGUGCUCUCCCUCCUGCAGACACCCAGCACCAGCUCCCUCUACUGGACAGACUGGCACAGUUCGACCCCUGCGUUCACCCCAUCCUCUCAUUUACAGACGAUGUGAUGAUGAAUCUACAUAUGCAGCGUGUGCUGAAGGGACACUGGCAGAAUCGCCCUCUGGAGAAGAUCAAGCCCAUCAAGAAGAUGUCGCUCAAGCACAAGUUGUGUUUGGGUAGCCGCAUCUCAGACCCGUCAUCCAAAGACAAACACAAGCUCGCCAGCUCUCUCCUCUCCACAGUCCGUUCGUCGCAUCCUAAGGUUCGCUCGGAGAAGGUCUUUCAGCAGCAGUUAGACAUCCCAAUCAGUGCCAGUAAACAUGACUCUCGCAGGCCUUUCCACCAGAGCAGUUCUUUUGACAGGACUCACGGCCGAAAGAGACCUCGUGAACCCUCGCUGGACCGUACUGAGAAUGCUCCAAAGUUCAAUAUGGACAUGGGGAGUCCGUGCCCAUCUCUGUCUGCUCUCAACACACCCACCCACAGUCCUCUGAUGAGACAGCCGUCAAUCUCCGAGACCUCCACACCCCUCCACCUCAACAGCAGCACUGCCACUAUUCGCCGACGAAGAGGAGAGAGCCCAUUUGACAUCAAUAACAUCGUCAUCCCCAUGUCUGUGGCCGCCACCACCCGAGUGGAGAAACUACAGUACAAAGAGAUCCUUACCCCAAGUUGGCGAGAAGUGGACACUUUUGCAAAACCAAUAUCUGAAGAGGAUGAUGCUGUGGAGAUUGAGGAUCUCUCUGACGUCACAUUCUCUCAGCUUCACCUUCCGUGUGAGGAGCAGGAGCGCUCUCGCUGGAGUUGGACUGCCAGCAACAUCGCAAAGAGAAGGGGCAGCAGGUCAUACAAGUCUGUGGACGGACGGACAACCCCCUUGCUGUGUGGCACAAACCCCUCCACACCGCAGUCCUCGUCUCCAGACACGGCGAAUUUCCACAUGCUGCAUGAUUACAACUCGGUGGCAUCUCCAUCUAGCCCUGUCAGUCCAGAGAUGCUGAUGCUGUCCAGCCUCCACACGCCCGGCUCCAGAGACUCCCAACGGCUGCUGUCCAACGAGGACACGCGCUGCUCCACCCCAGAUACCUACGAGGAAAUGGCUCCCCAGCCGGUACAGCCAUGGGAAUGCCGGACCUUUCCCCUGGAUGUGGAUCCACAGCAGGAGAGCGAAAUCCUACACAGUCCAGAUGGCGAGAGGUCCUGUAGGACCAUUCGACGGGUGUCUGGGAGCAGGUCGUCCAAGUCGGAGUCUGACGCUGGGCCUUCGUCACCUCUCGGCGAUGACGGCACCAAACAAAAACAAACCAACCCACCCAAACCUACUCACCGAUGAAGCCUAGACUCUGCCCACCCACUGAACCCCCUGCCCACCAGCUUUCACAAACUCCUGAAACAGCAGCAUCAUAGAUGGAAAAAAACAACAACAACGAAACGAAUGAAAGUCCCUGUUGUUUGAUAUUCAAACAUCAGUAAAUUCUUUCACGGUUUUUAGUGAAUUGUAUGGAGAUAUAUAUGAAGACCAGUUUUAAUUCAGUCUCGCUUUUGGGUCACUGGAGAAAAAAUGUUUCAAAAAUAAAAAGGAAGAAAGAAGCUUGAGGGCUAAACCAAAAUAAGAAGCUCAGAAACGUAUCGUAUAUCGCAGAAGAGCACUUCCCCCUUAACAUGCUGUCGUACUGAGGGGCUCGGCGCGAUAUUUCCAAUAUCCCACCUAAAAUUACUCAUUCAGGUUUGCAGUUUAUACUGGAGUGAUAAAACGCAAAAAUAAAGCCAAUGAUAAUGAUUGCAAGAGACUUGCACGAAGGCGCAGAAGCCUGUCUUUGUUCUUUCUGUGUGAAAGCACUUCAAAUUCUUUUUCUCUACACAUUCCCUUCCUAUUAUUUUAAACAGACAAACUUGCCCGAGAAUUGCAUAAAUUCCACUUUCUGGUUUCAUUUCAGUCCCAUGUUCUCGUUAAUACUGUGGUUUGUCUGUGCCCCACUUCUGUCAAAGUGACGGAGAGAGCAGGUGCCAGAAAACGAAACUGCUGUGUCGCUCUCAUGCGCCUUUUAAAUGCCACCGUUUGAUUAGAGCACUUAAUUGGUCUCUUGCACGACACGAUUGCCAGUAAACUUAAAAUCAGCACCUGAAUAAAUGUACAGGAUGUGCUAACAUUUGAGACAAGAUUGCACUCGCCGCAAACUCUGUAGCUUAGCAUCGUGUAACAAGAUGGCUCUUUCUCAUGUGGGCUUGCAUUAGUGUGAAUUUUAAAGCACUUGACGUCGCUGUGCAUGAUCAGGUUAGUCCAGAAAACGUGCAGUCACUCCAAUAUAAACUGAAAUUUGCUGCCACUUGACUCGGCUUUUCUUCGAUUUCGUUCUAACCCUAUAUAAAAGAGCCCUUCCAUUGAUUGGUCAGGUCUAAACUCUGUUUAAUAAAACAAUCUGCAGUACCUACAGCCAUCAUAGAAUCCCGUAACUUGACGUUCGAGUAAUAAUGUUAGCUGGAGUGCUUGAUAGGAAAGGACAUGGCAAAUUUUCAUUCGUUGGCUCCUCAGUUGCUGACGGUCACAGCCCCGUUUUUCCAUUGUGUAACGAUGAGGAACGAUUUCUGUUAGUUCCCCAGUCAGUGAGUCACUGCUUGCAACUCCUUCCUGUUAUUUUAACUAAUACGAAUGUACAAGUCUAAUAGCGGACACCAGUUACUUAAGAUUUUUAUAAGUAGCUUCUCUGUAUCUGUCGUCACAUGUUUCUAGCUAUUGUAGCCAUUUGUUCUUGUUAAAGGGAUGUCAUGUAAACCAGAAAUCCUUAAUAUAUUCCUUUUAUCUCACUGGAGUGUAACAGCAUUCAUAGCGUCAGAGAAAUCUCAUCUGUUGAGGUUGUGUGGCAAAUCGUAAGGGGACCAUCCACGACUGUCCCAUUUCCUGCUGAGAAAACCCGCCGCCCCUUUCAUUCUUAAUAUCAUUAAUUAUGGUUUUAUGUCUCUCUCUGUGGGGGUCUGUGUACUUAUCAGGCAAAUGUACCAUAAGGUUUGAUUAGCUUUCAAAAGCCAAUAUUGUAUCGUGUGAGUUAUUUUCAUACUUUGAAUUUCCAAUGUGGUGAAUGAGGGUUGGGUGAGUCUGGUAUAUCCUUUAGCAUGUAAUAGUUUGUACAAAACAACAA